GCAGGAAGUAUAUUGCAGAUAUCAAAGCGUCUCAAAAAGGAAAGCCUCACCCAAAGAAGGAAUUCCGCAAAGAUGAGAACUACCGCAUCUACCGGGUCUUCAACGGCAGGAAGUUUCAGAGUGGCACUGAGAACAAGAGUGGGACCCGGAUCAGUAGUGGUGGCCAACUGGAGCCUCCCCCAACCUGUGCUGACGAUGUCACCCCCGACGACUCGAUUAGCGGUGUUGGACCUGCUCCAAGUCCAGCAACGUCCGCAGGGCAGAAGGAUCGUGACCGCUCGAAGGUCCUCAGCUCAAUCAUGGACCAGAUGCGACCACUUCCGAUGUCUGGACUGUCUGGAGCUGAAAAAAAGAAAAAGAAAAAGAGAAAGGGCCACACUGAUGACAGUGAGAGUGAAGAUGAGAAAAGUGUGGAGCCACCCAAACCUAAGGAGGAAUCUCCAGAGCAAAAGGACAAAAAGGAAGUCGACAAGAUCAUCCGCGCGUUGAGAAGUUCUGCAGGCAAGGCUCGCAGCGCCGGUCAAGAGCUCGCAGCUUAUUCCAAUGUUGGGGAAGAUGUCAAGAACGACAUGGUACAGGUCCACCAAUUCUUUUCUGAGUUGGCCAAUUCGUACGAUGGACUCAUGGCUGGUGGGAUGAGUUGCCGUGAGGUUCUCACCAAGUGGGACAAAAAGAAGGCCAAGGUUCAGGUGCCCUAUAGUUUUGUACUUGGUUUUUGGUUGAAUGUUGACUGUUGAUAUAGUCCUCCCAACAUACCAUUUGGGCAGUCCAAAGA